UUUGAUGUCUAGUAACACUUUUUAGGCAAAAAAAAUUGUGAAGUGUGAUAACUACGUGCAGACGUAAUUUAUAUUAGAAAACUAAUUUUCGAUAAUAUUAUAAACAAUUAAUUAGAUAUUUAAGUGAUCAAGUGCACUUUUGAAUGGAUUAUUACAAAUAAAAGUAUUGUUGAUUUUUUUAGUUUUUCCGAUAUGUUAAUAGAAAAUCCGGACGCUUUCAAAUCGUGGUUGACGUCCAUAUUGGAACCACUUUGUGAUGCAGAUCCAGCAGCCCUCGCCAAGUAUGUUUACGCUCUUGUCAAGAAGGACAAACCCGUGGACGAGCUCCGUGAGGUGAUGAUGGAUCAACUCGAUGUGUUUCUCCAGCAGGAAACCAAACCAUUUGUUGAAAUGCUGUUUGGUUCCCUUGAGAAACAAGAGUAUCUGAAACAUAGUCGGGAGCCAGAGAAGCCUACUCCUCCACUACCAGAACCUGAGAAAGAACCCCAGUUGGAGAACCAUGCUACCAAUGGGCCUGCUCCUCCACUCCGGCACCGCGUGGUCGUACCUAGGGCUGCGCCUCCGACCGAGCAGACACUCGUAAAGGUUCUGCCGACUGAGCUGCUGGAGGAGCCUGUAUACCAACCUCCGCGGAGAAGAGAGAGGCGCGCUGAUUCUCUACGUGACAAAGAUGAUCGUCGAAGACGUCGAUCUCGGUCGUGGGAGAGAAGAAACCGUCCUCGAAGACACCUCAGGGAAAACGAGCAUGAUGGUAAACGGGUCCGACCCUCAAGGUCUCCUUCUCCUCGAAGGUAUAGAAACAGAAGUCCACCUCCAGCAGACAGAGCUAGCAGGUCUAGAUCAAGGUCCCCAGUGCUGACCCGCGACAGGGACCACGACAGAGAGAGGGACAGACUGCGCGUGGUGCGUGAAAUAGAAAGAGAUAGAAUAUCGAGAGAUAGAGAACACAGAGAUACGAUCUCAAGAUCAAGAGACCGGGAUAGGUCUCGCGAUAGGUCCCGGGAGAGAUCUCGCGAUAGAUCCCGAGGUUCACUAUCGCCCAUACCGGAUACGAGGCUAGACCAUAAAGACGGCUACAAGCGGAGAUGUAGAGAUUUCGAUGAGAAAGGAUACUGCAUGCGAGGAGACCUCUGCUCAUGGGACCAUGGCGCCGACCCGCUGGUGCUGGAAGACGCCGCUUUGUCCAGGGUCAUGCUGCCCGCUCACGUGCCUGAAUACAACCCCCUGGCCCCGGACAUCUGGUGCGGGGGAGCCUUCCCCGGGUACCCACCGCCGCACCCGCCGCGGGAGCUCAUACCCAUACCAAGAGUAAGACAUGAAGCUCCACCAAUGGCGGGUAUGCUCCCGCCCCGACCUAGACAUCCCGCUCCCAACAAGAAACCCUUCGACUACAAUAGAUUAGGCCCGGCCCGUCCCCCGCUACCGGCCAACGCUGCCAACUGUUCAUUGGAGGUGAAGAAAGUGCCGCGCGGACUGAACGAUAUAACGCAUUUGAACAAUCAUUUCUGUAAAUUCGGAAAGAUUGUUAAUAUACAGGUUUGCUAUGAAGGAGAUCCAGAAUCAGCUUUAAUCACAUUCUCGACUCCGACAGAAGCCAACAUAGCAUAUAAAAGCACAGAGGCUGUACUCAACAAUAGAUUUAUCAAAGUCUUCUGGCACAACCCUGAGAACAAACAAGAAAACACUGCUCCGGCCGGUCAACAACAAAACAAGCAGACGGACAGGAACUCGCAGUUUACCUCCUCGCACAACAAAGUGCUAAUAAACAGAGACAACAUUAAAGCUACACAGGAAAAUAAACUUCAGAAUGAAAAGAACGAGAAGGAAACCGCAAACGGCCAAGAACCCAAAAAGGAACAAAUAAAACCAUUCGAGAAGACCAAACAAGUAAUGGAGAUGUACAAACGAGCCCAGUCGCUGCUGGAGACACAGCUGCAGCAGCAAGUGUUGCUGAUCAAGAAACUGGAAUCUGGCAACAUGACUCCGGCUCAGAGGACAGCUCUUCUAGACGCCAUUAAUUCAGCUCAGGAGGGCAUCGAAAAGCUGAGGAAAGAGCUGGUGGCUUACAAUGGAGUCAUCAAACAACUGCAGGAAGAGUCUGUAGCGCGUUCGAUGUCCCGCCUGCAACUAGCUCAGCAGGCGAACUCGCAUAAGAAGCCGAAAACGAGAGAAGAGGCCCAGAAGGAGAUCCUUGAUGCUGAACUGGAUAUGUUCACUAAACAGCAGGAAGGACAAGACGUGACGGACCUAGCCAAGAAGGUGGCUGAACUAAGAAAACAAAUGUCGAUACAGUUCCCUACUCAUCCGACGGCGAGGAGAGUUCAUGCUAGGGGCGGCAGGUUCAACACCCCAACCCGCUUCACCCGGGGCGCUAUGUCCGGGAGCAGAGCGUUUAGCGUCAACCAGACCGUGGACCACAGACCCCGGGCGUUGCUGAUAUCCGGUUUCGAAGCGGAUGAACUCGAUACGCUCUUGCAACACUUUGCUCAAUACGGCGAAGUUCUGAGCAAACAUGUGGACAUGUCGGUCCCCCAGCUGACGCUGCUGUACAAGGUGCGCGCGCACGCCGAGCAGGCCGCCGCGCACGGCCGCCACUGCAGCGACCGCACGCUCUCCAUAACGUGGGUGACGAGCGUCAAUAAGACCCUGCACAACAACAUCGUGCACUCGAACGCGAACUCAGAGUCCAGGGACGGGCCCGCGCGCAACGGGGGUCCCGCGCCCCCCGUCCGCGUCGACCACAACGACCUCAACAAGGACGAGUUUGUCCAUCAGCAACCAGCGCAAGAGCAACCCGAGGAGAGCAUACUCCGGUUCGACGAGGAGGAGGAGGAGGAGGCCGAGGAAGACCGCUCGUGGAGACGUUGACAGCGCGCCCGGCGCCGUGUGCACGCCACCCCCGGCGACCCCGCGCGACCCCCCGCCACCUGCACGUGCCGCACGCCCCUCGCCCCCGCCACCGCCCUCACCCUCGCCCUCGUGACCCUGACACGAGCAAUACGGGAGUUAAUUGCGAGGAAAAACUUUAACCAACGUAUUUGGCACGUUCAAUGUUGUCAGGAACGAAUCGCGUAAUAAAGAUGUAGGCUGUCCCAAAGGAAUAGAGCGUUUUGUAUUAUAAAUAUUGUUUGUAAAAAUUAAAUUUGUUAAUUACCCUUAGAGGUUUUCGUUCGCAAUUACGUCUCGUAUUUUAAUUUUAAAUCUCUUAUACGUUUUAAAUACAUAUUCAGCGCGUUGUUCGUAUCAGAAAAUUUGUGUGUUUUCUUUUUGAAGUGAAACUUCUUGAGGCGCGUUAGAGUAAAAUUUAACUCGCGACAAAUUCGUUACGGCUAGAGAGAAAAUAUAUGAUUUAGGAUGAGCGAGAGUGAGAAAAUAGACAGAGCGUCUCGCGAACCACUCGACCGUGGAGAGAGAAAGGACAAAACGAUCUAGCUCGUUUCUCUUAUACACAGCAUUCCCCAAUAACAAGAGUAAUUUGAUUUGAGGAUAAAAAUGAAGAAAAUCACUAUAUUACACACCGCAAAAGAAGUUUCAAUUCUCUUACUUGCACGCGCAACAUGUUUUAAUUGUUAGUUUGUACAGAAAGUACUCUUAUACCGUGUCGUGGCCCGCACGGGUUGGCACAACCUGACCCUGACUUUUAUCGCUGCUAAGUUGCUCCCUUGUUGAUCGCAUGCCACCACAAUUGUAAAUUCAGUCUUACCUAUCAAAUUCAAUUCCAGCUAAUUCAUAGCUAUAUAAAAAUUGUUAUACAUUUGAUAGUCUAUGCGUAGGGGUCUGUCUGGUUUGUUGAGUGAGUAGUUAAAUCUUUUCUGUGAUAUAAUCCAGGACUGGACAUUUUUUAUUUCUCAAAAUUUUCCUGCGAUCCUUGUACGGCUCAUCCAAACGUAACGACAUUAGGUGACGUCAUUUGUGGCCAAAAUGUAUCGCCAACGCUCUAGUCGUGCUAAAACGUGAUUAUCACCCACACCUAUUUAGUGAUUUAAAAUAUAAUAUUCUAAUAUUAUAAGAAAUUCAUUUAAUUCUAAGCACUUUAUUUCAAUUAAAUUUUAGUUGUCGGUUUGUGUAUCACAGAAGUUUUUUUUUACGAAAUUGCUCAAGAGUCCUUUGUGUCCGACCUACAUAAGUUUAAUUUUUUUUUUCUUUUAAUUCAACACUGAACUAAAGGGUCAAAGCUUGGUGACAUUUUAUUUGACUUGAUUAUUAUCGCAUUAUUUUCUAUAAUGAAACCAAGGAGCAACAAUAAGAUUGAUUUGUUCUGAUAUCGUUAAAUCUGAAGGGUUAGUAUUAGGGGGUCAUAGUUUCAGUAUCUCGGUUUUAGUGACGUCACCGUUGAGCGUGCGAACAAGACGAGAUAUCCUACCGUCUCACUCUUUCAAAGAAUUCUGAAAACAAAACUUUGAAAAGUUCACCGUUCAAGUAUUUCAUUGUAUAGUUUAGUAAAGAUGAAGUCAAUUUCUGUAGCUUUUGUUUUAUGUACAGAAUUACAAUAAUAGUUGUAUAUACUGUAUACACAUGUUUAUGGAAGUUUCCUUUAAACAAUUCUCAGCCACAAUAACUAAAGAAAUGAUACUAGAAGUAUUAUUUGAAUUGCCUUAAUCGAACCGUUACUAUGAAAUGCCUUAGAAAUUUGAAAAAAGGAAAAGAGAUUUGUUGUCUGGUUGUAGAGUCUGUGACUGAAGUAUCGUCGUAGGGCUCCCGUAGGUUCGCUAUCAGAGUCGUCCGUCGUGACGAAAUUUAUUUCGUAUGCCACGACAAAUCGCAGUUCCACUAGACGUAUUGAGAGGCGAGGGUAUUGUAUGCUGGAUCACUGAUGCGACAGUCAGCUGUAGUGAUAGAGGGAGUGGUCAAACAAGAAAAAUAACUUUGAUGUCUAGCGCGCAAUGUACUACGUAUAAAAUUUUGAUUGACGACUUUGCUUUAGAUUACGCGUUCAGUACUUACCUACCAAAACGACUGGUAGUUUUGCUUGGCCAAUCUAAAUGAUUUUGUUUUUGUUAAAAUUAAGGUUAAUUAAUUAAACGUUGAUUAAUCUCAAUCCUAACUACUUGUUGAAGGAACAGUUGAAAAUGCAUAGCUGAAAUUGAUGCCUUCUAUUGAUUUGUCGUAGUCUCUUCAAAUGAGAGCAAUAGCGCUUAAGAGCUUUAUUCCUUCGCUGAUAAGGGGCUAUUACAGAUACGACCGGACGGGUAGUUGAGGGUAGGCUCAACCUGAAAGAAUUUGCUAACACUAGCCCUAGCAAGAGCAGUGCUUCGCAGAAUCUGCCACCGGAUCGGAAACGCGACCCACUGAGAAAAUCCGGCGAGAAAAUCAGUGGGCUGUGUCUGUUGAACUCUACGUUGGGAGCUUUAAGUGUGUCUGAAUUGCGUUUAAAUGUCGCUUUGAAUACUGCAACUAAAAGCUCUGCUGGCUUCGUGUUUGGCAACCAGGAUCGGUGACAAAAGCGUCCGAAGCGUGUGCUUUCGAGCUUGUCGACGGAAAGCUCGGUUUAGUCGUGUACGAUAAUUUAAGUACAAAAAAUACUUUGCAAUUAACUCGAAAAUAAUGUAAUUGGGAAAUAUUAAUUCGCGAAAAAUAAGCGCGCAUUGUACAUCAAAGUCAGAACUUUAAGCUUAGUUAAGGCUCUGGUAUGUUCGUUGUGGGUGUUGCGAGGCAGCAGACGUAGCGAGCUUAUUUCGAAGCUUUUUGGCGGAAUUCGCGUCGGGACCGCAUCUGAAUUUAAAGAAAGCUAAAUUAAAAAAAACAUCUUUAUUAUCAAUAGAGCCCUCGUUAAGGAUGCGAUCUAGAUUUGUUUGUUGAUGAUGACGCAAAAGAAUUAUUUAUACACGAAUAGGAUAUAAUAUAAUAUAGUUUUUUUUUGUUGUUUUAAUUUUUUUCUAUAUAUUAUUAUAUGUAAAUUUAGAUGUAAGUUUGAGUGUGAUUUUAUGUUCGAAAUUGUCUUUUGCUGAUAAUUAAAGGAACGUUUAUUUGCUUUUCGAGAUUAGGUUAAGAUCGUUCCAAUGUCUUUGGUGUUUAUAAUUGAUUGUUUAUCGCCGAAUUCAGAAGAAAAAGAAUGGCUUUUAAUCUCAUAUCGGUGGGCGAAAGGCCCAUUUGGCUUGAGCGAUAUUUUUGCAAAUUAACUGGAGACCCAUUUAAAGCUUAAAAUUUGGAAACAAGUAUCGUAAGAUAAAACUUGAGAUAUUUGAACGGAGUAAACUUAAUUGAAGUUCAAUUAAAAACAUUGAAUUGUUGAUGCUGAUACCAAACUAAACGCACUUUUAAUUAGAGAGAUAAAUAUCGCUUAAACCAAAUAGCCUUUUUUACCUUUCAAUAUCUUUACUAAGUAUAAUUUUAACUAACUAGUUACUUAAGUUUUAUAUUCGUAUAGUACCAAGUAAUUAAUAUUAUGAACAUAUUAAAAAUGAAUUUAUAUCUGAAAAUAUGGCUCGACGAUAAACAAUACGUUAUGUAUGUCAAAGAUUCGUUUGAUAAAUUUUGUAAAUAGAAACGUUUUUUUUUUUUAGAUAAAUAAAGACCGGUUGUCUGAUCGUUAUACGCCCGUCUCGCUCUCUCGCGCCUGUGUGCGAAAGAGCGAACAGAUACUGACCCAGAGAGAGAGAUAGAGAGAGGACUAAUUGAAACAGCAAUAAUUAGUUUUAUAAUUUAGCUUUACUAUGAUCGUUGGGUUCUCUGGGUGUAACGAUCGCGUUGGUCCGCUGUGGAAUCGCGCUAAGGUAUAUAUACAUAUUUAUGAAAUUCUUUAAUUUUAGUUAUUAUAAUUUUUGAGAUCCAAUUUUUUUUAUUGUCGACGAUUAUUUUACUCCAUGUGUUAGUUUCGAUUCGUUGUAACAAUCGACAGUAAUUGUUUUGUUUAUAAAAUUUGACGGUUUUUUUUUCUUCUUAAUGCUAAUUAAAAAUGCCUUUCAUAAAGGGAAUGAUAUCUUGGCGCGAUUCUUUCGCUAAUUGUAAAUAGUUUAAUUAGUCAAAAAACAGUAGUUUGUUAAAGCUGACUUAAAAGUUAAGUUGUUUGUAAUGAAUGAGGAAACUUGAAAAAAAAAUAUAUAAGAGAGAAUGCGUUUUGAAUGAAAAAAAAAGACCUUCGGAUACACGUUGAGAGAAAAAAUAUAGCAAUAAUAAAGAAAAAAAAAAUAACGGCAAAAGAA